UAAACCCCUGAGGAUUAUUUUACCAUUCUAUUUCCAAUUCAAUUCAUUCGCCUUAAAACCGGUUAUACUAAAAUUGGGGUUUAGGGUUCUAUCCAGUUUAACAUCAUCAUGUCUACGGCGGCGACACCUGAUUCUGCUGCGUCUACAGGGAAGACACCGGCGCCGGCAGCCAAGAGGAAACCUGUUUUCGUGAAGGUAGAUGAUCUUAAACCGGGGACCUAUGGGCACACUUUGAUCGUGAAGGUUGUGAGUUCCAAGAACGUCGUCAAUAAGGGCCCCAAUGUCGGAACCGGCGGUAGAAUGGAGAUGCCUCUCAGUUCUCGCCCCAGGCCACGGAUUGCUGAAUGCCUCGUCGGUGAUGAGACCGGCGCCAUUGUCUUCACUGCUCGUAAUGAGCAAGUUGAUCUACUGAAGCCAGACUCCACUGUGAUUCUUCGUAAUGCAAAAAUCGAUAUGUUCAAAGGGUCCAUGAGGCUUGCGGUUGACAAAUGGGGUCGUGUUGAGGUUACUGAGCCUGCUAACUUCAAAGUGAAGGAAGAUAACAAUCUGUCAUUGGUGGAGUAUGAAUUGGUCAAUGUUGUGGAAGAGUGAGCCAUUUCUCAAGGAAAAUAAUUGUCGAGGCAGAUAGGAGGUGUUUCUCUACUUCAAUUGUGAAUUACCGUUUGGGUGGAUUAUUGAAUUGAUUUCAGAUUGGAAAAUGUUUGUAAUUUUCCCCUUAGGAGUAAAUUACUUGGGAAGAAAAAAAAAGUGCGCCAUAAUGUGUAGCAAGUACCGUACUUUUGAUUCAAGAAGUAAAGAGAUUCUUUCACAUGUUUCGCAUUUACAUUUCACUAACAGCCAUGACUUGUGCACGUGUUUUCUUUCCCAUUGGCCCUUGUUUAGGUUCCCUCGUAGUUGUCUAGACUUGCAUUGCUACAAAUUGGUCUGUUAUAGCCUUGUAUUGCUACAAACAGGUCUAAAUUUAUACCAAUGGGGUAUAAACAAACAAUCAUUCACUCGAGAACUUUUCCAUAAUUUGUUCGUUGGAUUUGUUAAACCUUUCAUCGCUAGAAAUAACCGAAUUAGGCAUAAAUUUAUACCAGUAACGGGAUGAGUUCAGUUUUCAAAUUCUCAAACUAUGAGCGUAUAAAUGUUAGUUGCUGUGUAUGCAACCAUCAGCCUUUCACGAAAUCUCAGAGACUACAGAUAUUGGGUCAUUAGUAAGACGAUUGAUCCACUGGCGAGGUUGACAAAAUGAGGUGGGACACAUGGGAUGCCGCAGGACAAAUAGGUAGCCGGCAAAGACAUUGGCUUCGCCAUAUGUGCAAUUUAAAGUGACCCAGGGAUCUGGAUCACGAACCUGCAACGAAAAUGAAUGGAGCAAGGGGUGGCUGUCAGUAUUAUGAAGUACCCUUGCGCCAACCUGUAUUAAAAUUCGCAAUUGCAAAUGAAAGCCCGUCCGAGUUUGCUUGAUAUGAAAUUGCUUACAACAACGUAACACAACAAAGAGAGUGGAUUCCUAUGUCUAAGACCCAAAAGGUGCCCUCAGAUAUCCAAGAUCUACAGAACAGAGUCAAUAUUCAGACAAGUACAAGUGGUUAAAGCAAAACCAAGCUGAGGGAACCAUAUAAAUUUGCAGUCAAAGUGCACAAAUGCAUGCUAAAGCUGGCCACAUGAUCCUUCCAACUCUCAGUUUCAGCAAAGCACCAAUCGUACUAGUUAUCUGAAAUGAUUAAAAUGCAAGUGAGACCAACACCCUAACUUUGGAAAAGGUGCAUUCAAGUUGGUGGAAUCUUGUAAUAAAUGCAUGUAUCUUAGUGUGUUCUCUGGUUAAACUACAUUAGAAUUUCACAAUAAGGAGCUCAACCGCCAGAUGCAGAUAUGAUAAUGCCGAAAGGACUUAAUAAUGGACGCAAUGCACCGAGUUCAAGCAGCCAUAUAACUUGGUACAUAUGAGAACUGAUCUAGAAAUGGGAAGAAAAGAACGCAUACAUCUGCCAAUGAAGCCAAGGAACAUUGCAGAGAUCUCACCAAAGCAGAUAAUUCAUGAGCAACACUAAUCGUCUUAUAAAUAACCACAGAGACACUAUUAUUCCCAGCAACUUUGAAUAAAUAAGAAGUACACAUAGGGGAAAUGUUCUGAAAUAAACUCCUAUUAUCAACAAUACAUUUUUCUUUUUUUAAAUACGGAUAAGGCCGGAAGAAGCAGAAGAAGGAAAAAAUGCUAUGUCUGUGGCAUUUAUAUCGGGCCAGGCACAUUUAGGUGGUUGACUGAAGCAUUCAGAAGCCACAGUGUGCAAUGAAGGACCUUUGCUUGAAUGCCUUGGAGAAUGAAGAAUAUUGAUCAUACAUCAUCAUUGCAAGCUGGUUGAUAAAUGAAAAGCAGUAUAUUACCUUGCUGACUUUAUUACAGAAAUGAUAAAACUAACAAGAAGGACAAUCAAACAGCAGAUACAUUUUGCAUUCAAUUCUGUUCAGGAUUCAAAAACAAAAGCCUCGAUGUCUAACAAAAAGUCACUGCAGAUGAAAGGAGGUUAAGAACAUAGGUUUGAAAUGUAUGGAUAUUGAAUGUGCCUCUUCAGCAGCCAUCUUAAUGCCAUUGAAUGAAAAUGUUGGCACUUGUUUUAUGUUUUGCUUGCCCCCUCCAUUAAUUCAUCACACAUCAUCAGUGCAAGCUGGUUGAAUAAAAUUACUAGGUAAGUUCCAGCACAUAUUUGUUUUCACUUAGAUUUGCUCACAUCAACUAGAAGCUAUUUACUAGGAGUACCAAAGAAACAUCCACUAAACACAGAAACAAUAACAAACUAUAGGAUAUUGGAAAAUCAAGACGAGUACUGGCUGGGCAAAGAUAGAUCAACAGAAAUUUAAAAAGCAAAUUUCACCAAUUGAAGUAACAUUGCAUAUAAUAGGUGCCAUACGUUUGAAUCAAUUGAACAAAGUAGCAUCAACUAAAAUGACCAAUUCACGACCUACAAAUUUGUGGAAUUCAUUUCUAACAGCCUAUCAAGCUUUUCAGGCAGGCAAAAUGAUGGUUUAUUAAAGGCUAAACUAAUCAAAGUCAUCCUCUUUGCUUCUCCAUCUUCAUCUAGUCUUGUCAUAGCCUACAAUAGCAAAAAUAAAGCAUCCAUUUAUUCUCUAAAAACAAAUUAGGAUACAGCAAAAACUGACUAGUUCAACAUGCAGCGAAAGGGGGGUUGAGGCGGUAACUAACAUAUGGGUAUCACUCAAAAGACAAAAAUCCUGGGAUCAGCCACAACCAUCCAUCACAAGAACUAAUCAUAUAUAUAAAUCCUGUACAGGGGUGAUGACUAAACCUCUGAAAUAUGGGUUCAAUGUGGCUUCAACAACCAAAUAUCCAAGAAUCCAGGCUUUUUAUGCAUAUAACAAAAUGAGCUUCAGUUUAAAUCUAGUAUUAACAUUGUACUGAGGGACAAGCUAACUUACCAGAAACAAACAUGAAAGGAAAGGACGUCAAGGGACAUUCCUAGUAGAAGUUGCUAGAUACCUAAAUCAAGAAGGAAAAUUGUUUGGUUAGAAACCCUAUUUGGUAACAAUUGAAUCGUGUGGAAUGUAAACCUGGUAUAAGAGGGGAGUGUCUAAAAGAUACAGUCCAUGGCAGAAAAGAAUUGAUAAAGGUCAAGCAUUUUAGGACAACAGAAAAAAUUCUAGUUGAAAAGCAACGACGACCUAUCGGAAUGGAGCUCAUGAAUAGGUGGGAAGUUCUGACACCAGAAAGGUCGGGAAGAUCCUGAAUGCAGAGUUUGAAACUAACACACGUGGUCUUUGAAAAUUGAUAUUUUACAUGCAAUGCAGAAACCAAAAAAAAAAAAAAAAAACAAAAAAAAAAACCCUUCCGAUAGCCAAAACUAACUGAUUAGAACACAACACGCUUGACAAAGAAUGUUCCUACCAUCUCUUACUCAGCACACCCCCAUCCUAUUCAGUUUUAACCAAGAAAUAGGGGAAAAGGAAUCCGCAAUCAAAUAUAGAAUAGCCUGUUAUUUAAAGGAAUUCUAAUCUUCCAGCUAAUAAAACUAGUCAUUCGCAUCGACAUGGAAUUUGUAUAUCACCACGCCAACCAAUUGAGUAAUUUACAGCAACCAACAACGAACUCCAAAAAUGAACCAGGGAAAU